UUAAACUAAACGAUCACACACACAAAUUGCUUAACAUCUAGCAGCAUACACGAGAUGGGUGAAGUAGGAGCUCGAAACAAGAUGCUGCCACGUCUUGCUGCAACGCUCAUCUGCUUGGUGAGCUUCUGUCCCCGUGUCUGCUCCUUAGCCACACCUGCACUCCACAAUGCUUCCGAAACCGAUAGGCAUGCCCUUCUAUGUCUAAGGUCGCACCUCUCUGACCCUGCUGGAGAAACGAGUCAUUAUCGUUCUGUGAUUGGCGAGGGGUGACAUGCAGUACUGUGCAUGCAGCUCGUGUUGUUUCCCUUCAUCUUGAUUCUUUGAACAUCACCGGCCAAAUAUUUCCUUGCAUUUCUGACCUUCUUUUCCUCCAUGAAACCCACAUGGCAGACAACCAAAUCAAUGGCCACAUACCUCCCGAGAUAAGCCGCCUAACCCAACUCAGGUACCUCAACCUUAGCAUGAAUUCCAUUACAGGGAUGAUUCCAAAUAGCAUAUCGUCAUGCACCCUCCUCGAGGUCAUCGACCUUAGGAUGAAUUCAAUCACGGGGGUGAUUCCGACUACCAUAUCGUCAUGUUCACGCCUCAAGGUCAUAGACCUUAGCAUGAAUUCCAUCACAGGGGUGAUUCCGAAUACCAUAUCCUCAUGUUCGCACCUCGAGGUCAUCCACCUGUGGAACAACUCGAUCGAAGGUGCAAUCCCUCCAGCGCUUGCACAAUGCUCGUCUCUUCGCGAAAUUGUUCUUAGCAAUAACAACCUUAAUGGCAGUAUCCCUCAUGGAAUUGGCUUGCUUCCCAACCUUACAUACCUGUUUCUGCCGAGCAACAAUCUGAAGGGUCCAAUUCCUGAAUCUUUGGGAGGUAGCCCAUUGCUCAAUGUCGUCCUGUCGAAUAAUAGCCUAACUGGUGGAAUUCCACCUCUGCUAGCAAAUUGCUCUUCACUUAACUACCUUGACCUCAUGAGAAAUAGCUUUGAUGGAGAGAUUCCUCUAGGACUCUUUAGUAACCCAUCUCUUGCUAUCUUAGAUCUCUCAUAUAAUCAAUUCUCCGGACCAAUACCAUCUUCCUCACUGAUAGCCUCCCAGCUACAGUAUGUCAGCCUGACAGGAAACAACCUCUCAGGAAAAAUUCCUGACACACUAGGAAACAUUUCUAACCUAUAUUCUUUGACACUUGCUCAGAAUAGGCUGCAAGGAAGCAUUCCGGAGAGUUUAGCUAAGAUUCCGAUUUUGCAAGCACUUGAUUUGUCAUACAACAACUUGUCUGGUGCAGUCCCACCAGCUCUUUACAGAGUCACAUCUCUCACUUAUCUUGGCCUUGGUAACAACCAACUUUCUGGGAGAAUUCCGAUAGAUAUUGCAUACACACUUCCCAGCAUUGAGACAUUGGUCAUGGAAGGAAACCAUUUCGAUGGUCCACUUCCUAUAUCAUUAGUUAACUUAUCCAACCUUCAAGUGCUUGAGCUCCGUGAUAACGCAUUCACUGGUUUGAUUCCUUCUUUCUGGUCCUUGCCCAACUUGAUCCAAUUGGACCUUGGUACCAACCAGUUUGAGGCUGUAGAUUGGAGUACUUUGUCCUCAGUACCAGGCUCUGCCCAGUUGCAGGCAAUUUAUCUGGAUUACAACAAGCUUCAUGGAAAAUUACCUAGUUCCAUGGGAAAUCUUCCAAGAAGCUUACAGAAGUUGUAUCUAUCAGAAAACAGAUUUACUGGGACCAUACCUUCAGAGAUAGCAAAACUCACAAACCUCACAGUUCUUCAACUUGGUGGGAACUUUCUCUCUGGGGGGAUUCCUGACACACUCGGAAACCUCAAGAACUUGUUUCUUCUAGGUUUGUCACGGAACAAACUUUCUGGAAAAAUCCCGCAGUCAGUUGGUAACUUAAAAAAUCUUGGUGAGCUUUAUCUCGAAGAAAACAACUUGACUGGAUCCAUACCUUCAAGCUUAGCAGACUGCCAAAAUUUGGUACUGCUAAACCUCUCAUGCAAUGAUUUCCAUGGGAGUAUUCCACCUGGGCUCAUGUCUAUUUCCACUCUUUCAAAGAGCCUAGAUUUGUCUUAUAAUAAACUCAACGGAUCCAUACCAUCUGAGAUUGGCAGCUUGAUUAAUCUCGACUCCCUUAAUAUUUCCAACAACCAGUUAUCUGGAGAUAUUCCACAUGCAGUUGGUGAGUGCCUUCAUUUAGAAUCGCUUCGACUAGAGGUGAACUUUCUUCGUGGGAGCAUCCCAGAAUCCCUCAUGAGCUUAAGAGGCAUUACUGAGAUGGACCUUUCUCGGAACAACUUGUCCGGCGAAAUCCCAGACUUCUUUGAGUCCUUUGACUCUUUGCAGCUUCUCAAUUUGUCCUUUAACAGCCUUGAGGGAAUAGUUCCAACAGGUGGCGCAUUUAGCAAUUCAAGUAAGGUGUUCAUACAAGGAAACAAGGAUUUAUGUACAAGGUCUCCGAUGCUCCAGUUACCACUUUGCACAUCAGACCCAACCAAAAGAAAGGAAACUUUGCAUAUCAUAUCAAUAGUUGUUCCUCUGGCUGCUGCUGUUGUAGUUCUGAUAUCAGCAGUUGCAACCAUUCUUUUCAAGAAAAGAAAUGAAUUAAGAGAACACAUUUAUCAGUCAAUCAAGGAGUUCAAGAAAUUCUCAUACAAUGAGCUUGCUGCAGCUACCAACAAUUUUUCUUCAGCUAACCAUGUUGGUUCCGGGAGUUUUGGAGUGGUCUAUAAAGGCAUACUAAAGUUUCAGGCGCAGCCAGUUGCUAUUAAGGUGUUCAAACUGGAACAUAUUGGAGCACCAAAGAGCUUCUUUACUGAAUGUGAGGUGCUCAGAAACACCCGCCACCGAAAUCUUAUGCGGGUCAUUAGUCUAUGCUCAAGCUUCGAUCACCUGGGAAGUGAAUUCAAGGCACUGGUUCUUGACUAUAUGGCCAAUGGUAACCUAGAAAGCUGGCUCCAUUCAGAAGUACAUGAAGAAAGACAGAAAAGGCCAUUGAGUCUAGUAUCAAGAGUAAGCAUAGCUACGGACAUUGCUGCUGCCUUGGACUAUCUCCACAACCGGUGCACGCCUCCUUUGGUUCACUGUGAUUUGAAGCCAAGCAACAUCCUUUUGGAUGACGCUAUGGUUGCUCAUGUUAGUGACUAUGGAUUAGCAAAGUUUCUUGGUAACCAUCCUUCAGCAAGUCUUAAUGAUUUGACAAGUAUACAUGGGCCAAGAGGAUCAGUUGGAUAUAUUGCACCUGAAUACGGAUUAGGUUAUGAAAUAUCAACUGCAGGGGACGUCUACAGCUAUGGUAUUAUUCUGCUAGAAAUGCUCACAGGGAAGCAUCCUACUGACGAUAUCUUCAACAAUGGUCUGAACCUUCACAGAUUGGUGGUCUCUGCACUCCCACAAGAUAUUGGUGACAUUUUAGAGACCGGUCUUAUUCCACAUGAUGAACUUGAAGAAACAAACCGCAACACAGAAAGUAAGAAUCACCCAGUGGUCAGAAUGCAGAACUGUAUCAUGCAGUUAGCUAAACUGGGCCUAAAAUGUUCCAUGGACUCACCAAAAGAUCGGCCAAUGAUGCAAGAUGUUUAUGCUGAAAUCAUCACGAUCAAGGAAACAUUUUCAGAAUUGUGGAGUUGA